AAAUAAUGCGGAGCGUAAAGACGGGACGUAAAGACCGGGGUCAAAACGCAUUAUAACUAGAAGUCUCAGAACUCCUACAUUUCAUGGAAAAAGGAGGAUUGAUUAAAAGUGACGUGGAACUUUGAUUCAAGUCAAGAGAGAUGUCGACAAAUGGUGUGGAGGAAGUCUUUUUAUUUGACCCUCAGCUCUUGGGGGAUCUUCAGUUUGAGGACCAGAAGUGUGCCACCUACAAACCAGAAAUCAGCCCUACCCACCCAGGGGAGGGGCUCACCCUGAGGCCCCUGUGUGUGUCAGACUUUGACAAAGGAUACCUGACACUUCUUACACACCUGACAAAGGUUGGAGAUAUCUCUCGUGAACAGUUCGAAGAGCGCUUCCAAGCGAUGGAGAGGACCCAACCCAAUCUCUACUACACAGUGGUGAUAGAGGACGAUGUCACCCAUCAAGUUGUUGGAUCCGCCACACUGGUCAAAGAAAUGCACUUUAUACGUCAGUGUGCAUCUAGGGGAAGAAUAGAAGAUGUGGUUGUGAAUAAUACAUAUCAAGGAAAACAGCUGGGCAAACUACUUGUUGACGUGCUGACACUGCUGAGCAAGAAGGUGGGAUGUUACAAGGUGUCACUGGAAUGUCUGGACAAUAUGGUGCCAUUCUACUCCAAGUUUGGCUAUGUCAAGGAGGAGGGCCAAAACUACAUGUGUCGGCGAUAUGUCCCCAAGUAGUGAACGGUCGGGAGAAUGGCCCGGGACUUGUUUACUAGAAUCUCUUAGGAAGCUGGAUCUCGUCUCUGGAUCUUGGAGAUAUCUGUGAUACUAUGUGGUUUUAUUUAUUUUCUUUUCAGCAGUUAGGAUUUUAUUUAAUUCUUUUCUUCACUGCAUAAUAAAUUUAGUCCUCAGUAGGAUGUACUUUGACCUCUGUUGCUGGCAGUAGAGGAAGCUGUUCAUCUGUACACAUAUCAGCAUAAACCAGAGAGCAUCACAUCAUAUUUCCCAGCAUAAUUUACAGGGCAUAGUGUCAUAUGUCAUAGCAAAAUUCACAGAGCAUAGCAUCACAUGUCCUCAAAGACUAGAUCUUUUUGAAAUCCAGACAAUACAAAAUGAGAUACAACCAAAGAUUGUGAAUGAUAUAAUGUAUACAGGGGACAAUACUUACGUCCAUAAAAUGUUUGUUAUGGUGGGUAUUUGUUAGUAGCUCUGAUCGUCUGACUUUCAAUGUAUGUAGAAGUGAAAACGUUUACUUAUUUCUCACAUGUAUUCCAUGGAUUCAUUGUAAAUGGAUCAAGAAUUUAUACAUUGUUUAAAAAUCCUUUGCUACUUUACAACAGCAGCAAAACUGUUGAUUUUUAUCAGUUUUCUUGGCAUUAGUGUGACAUUCCCUUGUAUCAUGGAAGCACUUUUGUUUGGUUUGGCAAAGUGUGAUCUUUGUGCAUGCCUUGAUUUACAAAUAUUAAUUUGAUAGCCAUAUUUGUUUGUCCAAUAAAUUUCAUCCCCCUGUC